AUGGGCAUAGUCGUGGGCACUUGGAAUUGCAAAUUUGCAGUCAACUUGGCUGGAGCAAAUCUCGUCCGUCUCGGAUCCUUAAAGACUGUGAAGAACAUUGCCGAAAUUCUGGAAAUGCUUCGGCAUCGGCUGUUCCCCGCCAGCAGUCUUUCAAAAGAGCCAGCAGAAAGCGAACCCCUCGAUUUAACUGUUCCUAAAAGCAGGGCCGACGAACACAUACCAGAGCGGAUGUACUAUAAGACAGCGAUGGAAGAAAGUGGCAGUCAAAUACUAAUGAGGCUUCUGCAACAGCAGUUACUGUUUACGAUGUUUUCGCGACCUGAAGUUAAAGUAAUUCGAGAGCCGGAACGUCUUGACACAGGCCGGAGAAAAAAGUCAGAAUCGACAGAACGAAGAGAGAAAAGCGCCGGAAGUAAACGGAGAUCUGAAGCAAACGCUCGAGAACGAAAUCGUGUACAGCACCUCGGCGAUAUGUUCGAUCGGUUGAAGUCUGUUUUACCUAUCGAGUUAGAUGUAAAGAUCUCCAAACUUGCAACUCUAAAGAUUGCAUCCGCUUAUAUACGUUACUUGGGAUGUAUAUUGGAUGCUGAGAACAUCUGUCGUCUUGUGGAAAGCGAACAUUCAUUGAUGUUGUGCAUUUGUGAAGCACGAAGUUGUCCAAAGAAAUUGUGA